AGCUGCACUUGCCACAGUGAUCGAUCCAUGCCAUGGAAUCCUGUGAAGUGGCCGCAUGGAAUCGUGCGAUGCAAAACUUGGCCAAGGCGCGCCGGUGGCAGCCAGCCUUGGAAUUGUUGCAUGCCGCCAAGAAGCGUGCUCUUCAGCCGACCCUUGUGAGCUAUCUUAUAGCAAUUGGAGCCUGUGAGCAAGGUCGGAAUUGGUCAUUGGCCCUGGUUCUUAUGCAGGAGUUCCAAUGCUAUGAGUAUCCGCUGCCGCCACAUGUGAAUGCUGUCAAUGCUGCGAUCAGCGCAUGUGACAAAGGUGGCCAGUGGCGGAGAGCAAUACAUUUCUUGGCGUGGUUACCUGGGUGGGAUUUGCUGCCGGAUGUGGUCAGCUUCAACUCGACCGCGAGUGGCUGUGGAAAGGCCUUCGAAUGGCAGAGGAGUGUCCACUUGAUCGGGAAGGUCCAGGACGUUUUGACACAAGUGUUACACGUUGAGAUUUGUUCUACAGAUGACACAGAGAAGCCGAUUCAUGCAGAAUGGAUUGUGAGUGUGUUGAGUUACAGUAGAUGGUGUGCUUCCCAAAGUCUGACAGGGACAGACAGCUUUCCAUAGCUUUCCCAGGAUGUGGAACGCACAGUGGUGAGCUAUGGUGCAGGGAUUUCAGCAACUGAAAAGG